UAUAUUUAAUUAUGUAGAUAACCUCUAACAACCUAUGCAAGAUGGAGUCUCUUAAAAAAAUGCUCACAUAUAAAUUAUUUCUAAUUUUGGUGGAAGCCUUACAUGGAUACCAGUUACCUGUAGAAACUGCAACGCAGCCAAGUACAGACUGGCACCUGAAAGAAAAUGCAAGAGAACACCACACAAGUAAAUUUUCCAGUGAAGAACUGAUUGUGAGGAGAGGACAGGCUUUCACUCUCACCUUCAAUGGAACAGAACGGCCUGAGCAAAACUUAAUAUUCAUUGCAGAAACAGGUCCAAAACCCUCAAAGACCACCAGGACCCUGGCCACGUUUGAUAUCUCCAGCACAGCGAGCAAGGAGGGCUGGAGUGCAGUUCUGCAGUCCAGCAGCUCCAACUCUGUGAGCAUCUCCAUUUCCAGCCCACACAAUGCUGUCAUUGGACGUUACAGGCUGAGUGUUCAAAGUGGCAGCUCCUCUCCACAAAAUCUUGGCACUUUUGUUUUGCUUUUUAACCCUUGGUCUUCAGGUGAUGAUGUGUUCAUGCCUAACAAGGCUGAGUGUGAGGAAUAUGUGCUAGAAGAGUUUGGCAUCAUUUUUGCAGGCAAUAAAAAUCAUAUCAGCAAUUUUGGAUGGAACUUCGGCCAGUUUCAAGGAGACAUCCUCAACAUUUGCCUGUCCAUAAUGGAUCGCAGCCUGUACUACCGUCAGGAUCCUAUCACAGACGUGUCUCACCGCCAUGACCCCAGGUACCUGGGCCGUGUUCUCAGUGCCAUGGUCAACGCCAAUGAUGACCAAGGGGUGGUGCUAGGAAACUGGAGUGGAAAAUAUGAGGGUGGUAAAAAUCCCAGCAGCUGGACAGGAAGUGGUGAAAUCCUGCAAAGCUGGAAGAAAUCAGGAUUCAAACCUGUUAAAUAUGGACAAUGUUGGGUUUUUGCAGCAGUACUGACUACAGUGCUUAGAUGUCUGGGGAUUCCCACUCGUACAAUUACAAACUUCAGUUCUGCCCAUGAUGCAGAUGGAAAUCUGCGUGUGGAUGAGUUUUAUGAUGCAGAUGGAAAUCAUUUGGAGAGGGGAGCUGAUAGCGUGUGGAAUUUCCAUGUCUGGAAUGAAAGCUGGUUUAUACGCAACGACUUGGGCCCCUCAUACAGUGGAUGGCAAGUUCUGGAUGCAACUCCCCAAGAAGAAAGUGGAGGAAUUUAUCAGUGUGGUCCUGCCUCACGGCAUGCCAUCAAAGAAGGAGAAGUAGAGCUGGACUACGAUGGCCCAUUUGUGUUUGCAGAAGUGAAUGCUGACUGUAUGUACUGGAAUUAUGACUCUGCAACUGGAAAGAAAACUUUGAUAUUCUCUAAGUCUACAGAAAUUGGUGCCUCCAUCAGUACAAAGGCAGUUGGUAGAGAUGCUCGUGUAGAUGUCACCAGAGAUUAUAAAUAUGAGGAAGGCUCUGCAAAAGAAAGAGAAAUUUUUAAAAAAGCCCGUAAGAAGCUAGGACUUGAGGAUAAAUUUGAUCCUACAGCACCAAAACAGGAGGAAGUUGAACAGAAGCCUGACAUCUCAGGAAAAUUCAAGGUGGCUGGCUCUUUAGAAGUUGGCAAAGACCUCAACCUACUUCUGGUUCUUGAAAAUUUGCAGUCUGAUGCUAAGACUGUAAAUGUAAAUAUGACUGCAUGGAGUACUCUGUAUACUAGAAGACGAGUUAAUCAGAUCUGGAAGGACUCCAUAUCUGUCACUCUGGCCCCAAAGGAAGAAAAACAAUUUCCCAUUAAGAUAAAGUAUCCUGAAUACCAGCAGCAGUUAACUACAGACAAAACAAUCCAGGUCACAGCAUUAUGUCAUGUAAAAGAUGGCAUUCAAGUGCUUGUGAAAAGAAACAUCAUCCUGGACAAUCCUGACAUUGACAUACAGGUGCUUGGUGAAGCAAAAGUGAAUAAAGAGGUGUUAGUGGAGGUGGCAUUUACCAAUCCCAUCAAUGAGGAGGUGAAGGACUGCGUGCUGCAGGUGGAGGGCAGUGACCUGCUCCAAGGGAUCCUGGAGCUACGCAUACCACCACUGAAAGCCAGUGAGAAAUCCAGUACCAAGUUUAAACUUAUCCCUUCUGAGGCGGGUCCCAAACAUCUACUUGUUAAUUUCUCCUGUGAUAAAUUUGCAGAUAUUAAGACCUUUAAGAUGGUAAAUGUGAUUAACUAACAUGAAGAUAUACAAGGAGUGGUCUGUGUGUGUAUAAACUGAACAAAAUAUGAUAACAAAUCUUGUAUAGAAAACAAUGAGAUGAUCAGCAAAACAAAUCUUCACUUCCUCUGAUAAAGGGUCACCGACACCAUAUAAUUGCAAUUUUACAUUGUAAUUUUAAAUAAACUGAGGAAUGGUUGAUUGUUCAUUUACUGUUGUGAAUAUCCAUGUUAUUAAAAAGAACAUUUUGC